AUGCCACAGCCAAGCGCCAAGAGCCCCAGCCUCAAGGAUGCCGCGGCCAAGAGCCCCAGGCUCGAGGAUGGCGCGUCCAAGAGCCCCAGGCUCGAGGAUGCCGCGUCCAAGAGCCCCAGCCUCGUGGAUGCCGCGGCCAAGCGCCCCAGCCGAGGAUGCUGCGGCCAAGAGCCCCAGCCUCGAGGAUGCCGCAGCCAAGCGCCAAGAGCCCCAGCAUCGAGGAUGCCACAGCCAAGCGCCAAGAGCCCCAGCCUCAAGGAUGCUGCGGCCAAGAGCCCCAGGCUCGAGGAUGCCGCGUCCAAGAGCCCCAGGCUCGAGGAUGCCGCGUCCAAGAGCCCCAGCCUCGAGGAUGCCGCAGCCAAGCGCCAAGAGCCCCAGCCUCAAGGAGGCUGCGGCCAAGAGCCCCAGCCUCGAGGAUGCCGCAGCCAAGCGCCAAGAGCCCCAGCCUCGAGGAUGCCACAGCCAAGCGCCAAGAGCCCCAGCCUCAAGGAUGCCGCGGCCAAGAGCCCCAGGCUUGAGGAUGCCGCGUCCAAGAGCCCCAGCCUCGAGGAUGCCGCGGCCAAGCGCCCCAGCCUCGAGGAUGCCGCAGCCAAGCGCCAAGAGCCCCAGCCUCGAGGAUGCCACAGCCAAGCGCCAAGAGCCCCAGCCUCAAGGAUGCCGUGGCCAAGAGCCCCAGGCUCGAGGAUGCCGCGUCCAAGAGCCCCAGGCUCGAGGAUGCCGCGUCCAAGAGCCCCAGCCUCGAGGAUGCCGCGGCCAAGCGCCAAGAGCCCCAGCCUCAAGGAUGCCGCGGCCAAGAGCCCCAGAGCCCCAGCCUCGAGGAUGCCACAGCCAAGCGCCAAGAGCCCCAGCCUCAAGGAUGCCGUGGCCAAGAGCCCCAGGCUCGAGGAUGCCGCGUCCAAGAGCCCCAGGCUCGAGGAUGCCGCGUCCAAGAGCCCCAGCCUCGAGGAUGCCGCGGCCAAGCGCCAAGAGCCCCAGCCUCAAGGAUGCCGCGGCCAAGAGCCCCAGGCUCGAGGAUGCCGCGUCCAAGAGCCCCAGCCUCGAGGAUGCCGUGGCCAAGCGCCCCAGCCUCGAGGAUGCCGCAGCCAAGCGCCAAGAGCCCCAGCCUCGAGGAUGCCACAGCCAAGCGCCAAGAGCCCCAGCCUCAAGGAUGCCGUGGCCAAGAGCCCCAGGCUCGAGGAUGCCGCGUCCAAGAGCCCCAGGCUCGAGGAUGCCGCGUCCAAGAGCCCCAGCGAGGAUGCCGCGGCCAAGCGCCCCAGCCUCGAGGAUUCCGCGGCCAAGCGCCCCAGCCUCGAGGAUGCCGCAGCCAACCAAGCGCCAAGAGCCCCAGCAUCGAGGAUGCCACAGCCAAGCGCCAAGAGUCCCAGCCUCAAGGAUGCCGCGGCCAAGAGCCCCAGGCUCGAGGAUGCCGCGUCCAAGAGCCCCAGGCUCGAGGAUGCCGCGUCCAAGAGCCCCAGCCUCGAGGAUGCCGCGGCCAAGCGCCCCAGCCUCGAGGAUGCCGCGGCCAAGCGCCAAGAGCCCCAGCCUCGAGGAUGCCGCAGCCAAAGCCCCAGCCUCGAGGAUGCCGCAGCCAAGCGCCAAGAGCCCCAGCCUCGAGGAUGCCACAGCCAAGCGCCAAGAGCCCCAGCCUCAAGGAUGCCGCGGCCAAGAGCCCCAGGCUCGAGGAUGCCGCGUCCAAGAGCCCCAGCCUCGAGGAUGCCACAGCCAAGCGCCAAGAGCCCCAGCCUCAAGGAUGCCGUGGCCAAGAGCCCCAGGCUCGAGGAUGCCGCGUCCAAGAGCCCCAGGCUCGAGGAUGCCGCGUCCAAGAGCCCCAGCCUCGAGGAUGCCGCGGCCAAGCGCCAAGAGCCCCAGCCUCAAGGAUGCCGCGGCCAAGAGCCCCAGGCUCGAGGAUGCCGCGUCCAAGAGCCCCAGCCUCGAGGAUGCCGUGGCCAAGCGCCCCAGCCUCGAGGAUGCCGCAGCCAAGCGCCAAGAGCCCCAGCCUCGAGGAUGCCACAGCCAAGCGCCAAGAGCCCCAGCCUCAAGGAUGCCGUGGCCAAGAGCCCCAGGCUCGAGGAUGCCGCGUCCAAGAGCCCCAGGCUCGAGGAUGCCGCGUCCAAGAGCCCCAGCCUCGAGGAUGCCGCGGCCAAGCGCCCCAGCCUCGAGGAUUCCGCGGCCAAGCGCCCCAGCCUCGAGGAUGCCCCAAGCGCCAAGAGCCCCAGCAUCGAGGAUGCCACAGCCAAGCGCCAAGAGUCCCAGCCUCAAGGAUGCCGCGGCCAAGAGCCCCAGGCUCGAGGAUGCCGCGUCCAAGAGCCCCAGGCUCGAGGAUGCCGCGUCCAAGAGCCCCAGCCUCGAGGAUGCCGCAGCCAAGCGCCAAGAGCCCCAGCCUCAAGGAGGCUGCGGCCAAGAGCCCCAGCCUCGAGGAUGCCGCAGCCAAGCGCCAAGAGCCCCAGCCUCGAGGAUGCCACAGCCAAGCGCCAAGAGCCCCAGCCUCAAGGAUGCCGCGGCCAAGAGCCCCAGGCUUGA